UCCAUCCAAGAUGGUGGACUUCCUUGCUGAAAAUAACGCUUGUGGACAAACCAUUUUGAAGCUUGUUAGUCGAGGAAAUGCAAUUAUUGCAGAACUACUUCGACUGUCCGACUUCAUUCCACCAGUUUUCAAGCUAGAAACUAGAGAAGAGAAAGAAAAAUAUGGAGAAAUCUUGUCAGACUUUUCGUAUUUCAAGGGACCAGAUUAUUACGAGAACAAAAUCAACUCCAAGCCGGAACUACAAGAUCUUGAUGAUGAACUGAGAGAGAAUCAUCUUGACAUACUCACUAGAUUUUAUAAAGCAUUUGAGAGUGUUCACAAAUAUGUAGUAGAUCUAAACAGGUUUCUAGAGGAUCUUGAUGAGGGGGUCUUUAUACAACAGACAUUAGACAGUGUUCUUUUAAAUGAAGAUGGCAAACAAAUCAUGUGUGAAAGUCUUUACCUUUAUGGGAUAAUGCUGAUGGUCAUUGACAUGAAGUUUGAUGGUGAUAUAAGAGAGAGAAUGUUGGUGUCAUACAACAGAUACUGUGCUGCCAGAGCGGAUGUUGAUUCUAAUCUGGAUGAUGUUUGUAAGCUGUUACGUAGCACAGGGUUCUCUGUAGCAACUACUGCCAAGAGACCACUAAAGUACCCAGAGGACUACUUUAGCCGUGAGCCAGUUUCAGCUACAUUUGUUGACAUGUUAAUUGGACGAUUGCGAUCUGACGACAUCUAUAAUCAGAUUUCAGCUUAUCCUCUUCCCGAACACAGAAGCACAGCCCUGGCAACACAAGCAUCCAUGCUAUAUGUCAUAUUGUACUUUGCUCCUGAUAUCUUACAUAACCAGCAGGCUAAAAUGAGAGAGAUUGUAGACAAGCACUUUCCAGACAACUGGGUUAUAAGUAUUUAUAUGGGUAUAGUUGUCAAUCUUGUUGAUGCCUGGGAACCAUACAAAGCUGCUAAAACAGCACUCAACAACACCUUGGAUAUUAACAACAUCAGGUCAUUGUCAACCAAAAGAAAUGCCAAAGUCCAGAACUUAAAUGGAGAGGUGUUGAACUACUUGAGAGAAGGCUUUCUUGUUGAGGAGUAUGUUCUGGACCAUAUCCCUAAGUUAAUGAAUUGUUUAAGAGAUUGCAAUGUCACAUUAAGAUGGCUUAUCCUUCACACGUGUGAUGUAUUUGAUAACAACAAGAAAUGCCGUGCCAUCAGAGACAUAGUCACCUCCUCAGGGUACUCCCCAAGGGCAGUUUUUGAACUGUUGUUGAACACUGCACAGUUUGAGUUGAAACUCAAAGAGAUGUUCAAAAUGAUGUUAUCACAGAAACAGGGGAACUGGGAAAAGAAUAAGAAAGAGGGAAUUGAAAGAAUGGAUGAGUUGUCUGAAGUAUUUUCAGGCACAAAACCACUGACAAGAAUUGAGAAAAAUGAAAACUUACAGGCCUGGUUCAGAGAGAUGUCCAACCAAAUCACUUCUCUUGAUUAUGAUGAUUCAACUUCUGCUGGUCGAAAAAUGGUACAACUGAUUCAAGCUUUGGAAGAAGUCCAAGAGUUCCAUCAGCUUGAAAGUAAUUUACAAGUUCGGCAGUUUCUUCUUGAAACAAGGCAGUUUCUCCAUCAGAUGAUCAGGACAAUCAAUAUCAAGGAAGAGGUUUUGAUAACAAUCCAGUUAGUUGCUGACCUCUCUUAUGCUUGGACAAUCAUUGACAGUUACUCAGGUUUCAUGCAACAAGGAAUCAAAGCAAAUCCAUCCCUUGUGCAGAAACUUAGAGCAACAUUUCUUAAGAUGGCAUCAGGAAUGGACCUUCCUCUGGUUCGUAUCAGCCAGGCAAACAGUCCUGAUCUUGUCAGUGUGUCUCAAUACUAUUCAGGUGAACUAGUGGCCUAUGUCAGAAAGGUACUUCAAAUCAUCCCAGAAACCAUGUUUGGCCUGCUAGAUUCCAUUAUUCGCUUACAGACACACAGCAUCAAAGAGGUUCCUACGAGAUUAGAGAAAGACAAGCUUCGUGAAUAUGCACAGUUUGAUGAACGAUAUCAGAUCGCCAAGCUCACUCAUGCCAUUUCAGUCUUCACUGAGGGCAUCCUGAUGAUGAAAACUACUCUUGUUGGCAUCAUCAAGGUCGAUCCCAAACAGUUGCUUGAGGAUGGUAUCAGGAAAGAACUGGUACGACAAGUAGCUAUGGCGUUACAUCAAGGGUUAAUCUUCAACCCAAGGGCCAAGGUCAGUGAGCUGCCAAUCAAGCUAAAGGAGCUGGGUGGAAAGAUGGACGGGUUUCGACGGUCGUUCGAGUACAUUCAAGACUACAUCAACAUAUAUGGAUUGAAGAUUUGGCAGGAAGAGAUAUCCAGGAUUAUCAAUUAUAAUGUGGAACAAGAAUGCAAUAGCUUCCUCAGAGAAAAGGUUCUUGACUGGCAGUCUAUUUACCAGUCCACUACUAUCCCCAUUCCCAAGUUCCCUCGGGUGGACGAGUCUGUGAAUUUUAUCGGUAGACUGGCGCGGGAGAUUUUACGAAUCACAGACACAAAAACCACGUGUUACAUCGACCAGAUGGGGGCCUGGUAUGACACUAGGACGAAACAAGAAGCGAUGAACCUACUGAUUCUGCGUCAGCUGCAGCAGAGUGUUGGCACGUUUGGUCUGAUAGGACUUGAUAAACUGCUGUCAUUCAUGAUCGUCAAAGAGAUCCAGAAGUUCAUAAUCCUUCUUCAAGCUGCUCUGAAGGAUAAGUCAAUAGUGGACACUUUGACGGGUCUGUCUAAGAGUCUAACACCAGUCAAGAGCUUAGUAGCGAGUCCGUACAGGGUGUAUCCCCCAGCCUCACAGAGGACCGCUAAACUCUGGACCCAGUACACUGAGUUGAUAAUGAAGGUAGGCCAGAUGCAGCUUAUAAGAAGACAGAUCGCAAAUGAGCUGAACUGUGCCUGUAAAUUUGACUCUAAGAUCUUGGGAAGCGCUUUGGAAACAUUUAACAAGGCUUUAUUGAGAGACAUCGAGGCACAUUAUCAAGAUCCAACCCUACCCUACCCUAAAGAAGACAACCCAUUGAUGUUUGAAGCAGCCACUUAUCUUGAAUGGGCUGGGAUACACAAUCCUCUGAACAAGAUUUACGUGACAACCAAGAAGUACCCUUUUUUUUCUCUGCUCAAUUUCCUUUGUGUCAUUUCUCAGCUUCCUAAGCUCGUUUACGUCAAAAGUGUCGGUACAAUGGUUUCUCGUAAACCUACAGACCAGAUCGAUUGUGCACCAUUUGUAGUAGGAAUAAUCACCUUGUUAAAGCAAUUCCACUCUGAGUACACCGAGCAAUUCUUUUCUUGUUGUGGACAGUACGUGCGCUCUCUUGUCGAGGCAGCAGCUAUUAAUGCUCGUACAAGUGAUCUUCCGCCCGAGGUAGUGAACAUGUUAAUAUUCUUGGAGGAUUAUUUGUCAUACAGUCAACUGGAAAGAAAAGCGAUCGAGGCACACAUUCCUUCCUACAUCUUUGAUCAGUUUCGUCAAAACGUCAGUUAAUUCUCAACCGGCAGAGGUCCAGUAAGUCUACAGUUACAUAGCCUGCGUGACAUCCGAAAGAAAAGGCCGGAUGGAACACAGGCGACAGUUACAUAGGGAGAAAAUUUAUCAACACAAUAUUGCAUGUUAUUAACCCAGAAAUGUUUACUUUUACAUACUUUAUUUGGCCCCGUCACGUGAUCCCCCUGUCACGUGAUCUCUGKCGCGUGAUUCCCUGUCACGUGAUGGCCGUCGCGUGAUCGCCGUCACGUGAGUACUUCCCCUACUAAAUUGUACAGCGUAUUUUAAAGUGGCCGACUUACAGAAAUAGCGGUAUUUUUGGUUUAAAAAACUAGACAUGGAAGGUUUUGAUUUAUUUCUGCCUUUACCAUAAUUAUUAUCGUAUCAUCCUAUGAAAACGAGAAUGAAGACCGAGGUUUUUAAACUGGCCGAUAGACAAAACACCCUAGCCUGGGGUAGUAUCAUUUGGUCUUGUAUCAUGGUAUAUACCUAUUUCAAAAGAGGUUGUGGACGCAAAAGGCGAUAGGUGAAAAGCGAUAGGAGAUGGGUCAUUCCAAGAUCCAAGAAUAGCUGGAAUGGCUUGUGUUUCUGUUUCUUAUUCUCGUCAAGAAUAUGUACCUUAUUCUCUUGAAUAGAAUGAUCAAUGCAAUACCGUCAUUACGUGAACAACUACCCCAAUCCCUCCCUAACAGUCAAAGUCAAAGUAGACUAGGAAAGGUGUGCAUAAAUGUUCAAAACACUCUGCCACAGCUCCAAAAAGAAACAAUCACAGUAGAUUAGUUAGCUAGUCAUCAUAUAUGAAUAGUCAUUGACAAUUAUGAUAUCUCAAAUAUAUGAUCAGAAAUCUAGGAAAAAUAAUUGUUGUAUAGAGUUUUAUAAUAAAACUAUUGGUAUUUUAAUA